UAAUCAAUGGUUUGAUAUAUUGGGUGAUGUACGCCGUGCUAACGCGAAACGCGGCGUACGUACAGUAAGUAGAGUUGGGUAGCGCAGCAUCACCAUUGCUAUGGAUGGAGGCAAACGGAGCAGCUAGUAGGUGAUGUAGCUCAGGUGAUGACACGAAGCCAAAUCGUGGACAGUUCUGUCCGUGUACGCUGACAGUUAGAAGCGAGCGGUGCCGUGGAUUAUAUUCCAAUGGGUUGCGGUGGAAGCCGGUCAGACACAAUAAUCGAACCGAGGUAUCAUGAAAGCUGGACCCGUGAGACGGAGUCGACAUGGCUCACCAACACCGACACCGAGGCUGCUCUCUCGACUAUCAACAGUAAGAGUCUGGAGGGCUUCCAGAAGGAGAAGAGGAUGAUGGUGACAACAGGAACUCAGUGUUCCAAACAGACACUUCAGACUGUCAGCAGCUCUGGACCCAACCAGCAGAGGAGAGCCCGAUGGUCCUGCCAAGACACAAGCCUCCCUCAAACAAACAAUGAGAGCCGAAGGAAAGUGUCUAAGGAAGCUUCAUCUAAGGAGGCUUCAUCUAAGGAGGCUUCAUCUAAGGAGGCUUCAUCUAAGGAGGCUCAGUCUGUCAGCGACAGUCUGGAUAACGUCCCUUUUGGCCAGUCUGGAUAACAUCCCUCUUGGACAGUGUGGAUGACGUCCCUCUUGGCCAGUGUGGAUGACGUCCCUCUUGGCCAGUGUGGAUGACGUCCCUCUUGGCCAGUGUGGAUGACGUCCCUCUUGGACAGUGUGGAUGACGUCU